AUGAACUUUCCCUCAUCAACCUCUCCAAAGCCCCUCGCCAUAAUCGCAGGUGUGGGCACCGGCUUAGGGGCCUCAAUCGCCCGGCGCUUCGCAGCCGCUUAUACCACCGUUCUGCUCGCACGGAAACUUGAACAUCUCUUACCGAUUGAGAAGGGAAUUACAGAUCGCGGCGGAGAUGCAUUCAGUGUGGCCUGCGAUGUUUCGCAACCGGAGAGUGUGAAGAAUGCAUUUGGGAAGAUCGAAGAGGUGUUUCCGGGCAGGGCGUGUGCGGUGGCGGUUUUCAAUGCUACUGGCCCGUUUGUGAUGAAGAGUGUGCUGGACGUUGAGGUUGAAGAGUUCGAUAAGGGGUACGGGGUCUCUAUGAAAGGAACCCUCCUCUUCUCCCAACGGGCCAUUCCUCUCCUCCUCUCCUCCUCAACCUCUCCCCAUCCUCCGACCCUAAUCUUCACGGGUGCCUCCGCGUCCCUCAAAGGCUCUGCGCUCUUCUCCAUCUUCAGCGCCCCCAAAUUCGGUCUUCGCAGCCUGGCUCAAUCCAUCGCACGCGAAUUCAACCCAAAAGGCAUUCACGUCUGCCAUGCCGUUAUCGAUGGGCCGUUGGACGUCCCUUGGGCGAAGGAGUAUCUAGGUGGAAAGACUGACGAAGAAACGAUUGAUCCGGAGGAGGUUGCGGAGACGUACUGGGCGUUGCAUUGUCAGGGGCGGAGGGGUUGGAGUUUUGAGGUUGAUGUUCGGGCGAUGGGAGAGAAGUGGUAG